UAUUCAUUGUAGUUAAAGGGAAAAAGGUAAAAUGUUUGCUGCUGUAGCUCUUUCUUGUUAAUCUAUUUCUAUUUAGUAUUUCCCACCUUCCGUCCAAGCUAAUUAAUUAGCCACAUACGUAGGUAGUUGGAUGGCCCUUUCACAGGUAGCCUAGUAAAUACUAUAUAAUCUUACAAGCAAGACCAGAAGCUUCAAUUGAAUUUGUAGGUGUGACACUAUUUAAUUAUUUAGAUUAACAGAAGAAAGAACUACAACCCAACAAAGAAAGCAAGUCAAACAACAGGGGAGGAUGCCUUUACGAAGUAUCAAAGAGGAAGCAAAAACAAGAGCAAAAAUUAAGUUAACAUGGAUCCAAACUCUAAAAGGAGCAAAGAAGGUGUUGAUCCCUCUAUCUAACCUGGGUUCACCAGAAGCGGCAGACUUGUGCGAGGCUGACUUGCAGCAACUGUAAUGUCCGGGAACUGAAUAGGUGUCGGCGGUCGAUGGACGAGAAGAAGAGAUUUGCUGCUGAGCUUGUUUACUUCAGCGGGAACGAUUGGGAUAAUGGGGACUGGGGAUUUGCUAUGGAAUAGAGAUUUAUUCAGAAUAGGAAGAGUCGGAUUUUUUUAUCGUUAGCGGAUUUCUGAAGAUUUCUCAUUCGAGAGUUAUUGUUUUGCUCGUAUACUUGGGGAAAGUUUAAGUCAUUAAUUAAACAAGGAUCCUAAUCUAUAAUUAUUCCUUUUCCGUAAAGUACAUAAAUUUCCUCUAGCUACGGUUGUACAUUAUUAUUAUUAUUAUUAUUAUUAUUAUUAUUAUAAAUUCUUGAGAUUAGACUUCUCUAAUUAAUAAACUACCAAAUUACGAUCAAAUUUGUGACAAUCCGUAAGCCGAGAUCACUCAUUAGUUGAUGAGAUGUUUACAAAAAAUUCACAAGGAUUUCAAAGAUAAUUUUGGAGUGUAAGGAUAAUAAAAUAUUAUUUGUUUCUUGUACUAUUAUUGCUUUCGUAAUUUUUUUUUUUUUGCCAAAGUGUCCAAUUUGUAUUUCCUUUCAUCCGCAUAUGUGAGAAUUUGAGAAUAUGUUAACUGACAUUUGUAGAUAAAUCAUUGUUGUCCAUAUAUGAAUUUGUGUGCUUUACAAAAAUAUGAAACAUUUUGAUAUUGUUUUGCGAACCCUCGUACACCGAAAUGAUCCAAAACACAAUCAUAGAGUUUUGGAUUGAGUUAACAUUUGUCUCGAGAUCAGGAAGGAAGAGCUAUGCACGACAAUGCCAUCAGCUGGUAGACUAUUCUAAAGACUAUCUAUCCAUGGUUUCAGUUCUUUUAUCUUAUAUUUCUUGUGUAUCUGUUUGUUCAAUUCAUGUAGAAGAAGGAGAAGGGAAAUAAUGAAGAGCCAACCGAAAUUGAAAUGUUUCUCAAAACUCGUAAAGUGAAUGAAGGUCCCGAAAUGGACGAAAAUACAAGAGUUCAAUUUGAGGAGUUACAGAAGCACUUUGUGGGAGAAGGAGAAGAAGAACAAGAAGAAAUAGUGUGGAGGCCAAAUUUACGAUUCCAUGGACGAGGCGUGACUCCAAGCAUGUUAAAGAGGAAACACGAAGGUGCUGAUGCGAUAUAUCAAGAAAAAGGGACGACCUCAAAUCCAUCUAUGUUGCCUGAAGAUGUGCAAAAAAGGCUGGAUCAACAAUCAUCUCAUCUGUCAAAUGGAUUGCGCAAUGCUAUGGCCUCGUUGAAGGAAUCCAACCCAUCUCUUGUCAUCCCCCAGGACAUGUUUGACUUCUUGCUGGUGAACAAUCCUACAGAGGCUAACAGGAGCAAUGAGAAUGAAAUGCCCAACUCAGAUACAGCGGAAUAGGCCUCGUCAAUUUUUUCAUUUAGAAGAUUUCAGUUUCUAAUUGAAUAUGUUAUCUUUAGCUCGAAGUUCCAAAAGUUUGCUCAACGCAGUUCAAUUCAUUAAAACUCCAUUUGGUGUACCUUUUUCUAGUUUCUAUUAAUAAACAAUGUGGUUCUUA